ACCGCCUGCGCCGGGAGGAGAAGCAGCGUCAGGAGGUGGAGAAGAACCGGCGCAAGCUGGAGGGCGACGUCACCGAGGUUCACGAUCAGAUCGCGGAGCUGCAGGCUCAGAUCGCCGAGCUCCGUGCUCAGCUAGCUAAGAAGGAAGAAGAGCUCCAGGCUGCUCUAAUCAGGAUUGAGGAGGAGGCUGCGCAGAAGAACUUGGCUCAGAAGAAGAUUCGAGAGCUGGAGGCUCAGCUGUCUGAACUGCAGGAGGACUUGGAGCUGGAGAGGCAGGCUCGCACCAAGGCCGAGAAGCACCGCAAGGACCUGGGAGAGGAGCUGGAGGCCCUCAAGUCCGAGCUGGAGGACACCCUGGACUCCACUGCUGUCCAACACGAACUCAGAGCCAAGCGUGAGACGGAGGUGGCACAUCUUAAGAAGACUCUUGACGAAGAAGCCAAAGUCCAUGAGCAGCAGUUGGUUGAGAUGAGACAGAAACACAGUCAGGCCUUUGAUGAGCUCAACGAGCAGCUGGAGCAGGCGAAGAGGAACAAAGUGUCCAUGGAGAAGGCCAAGCAGGCUCUGGAGUCGGAGAAGAACGAGCUGACCAUCGAGCUGCAGACGCUGAUGCAGGGUAAAGGAGACUCGGAGCAUCGCAGGAAGAAGGCUGAAGCUCAGGUCCAGGAGCUGCAGCUCAAAUUCUCAGAGAGCGAGCGCCAGAGGGUGGAGCAGGCUGAGAAACUAGCUAAAGUGCAGGCUGAGCUGGAUAAUGUAAACAGCAUGUUGACGGAGGUGGAGGGCAAAUCCAUCAAGGCAUCAAAAGACUGCUCUGCUGUUGAAUCCCAACUUCAGGAUGUUCAGGAACUGCUCCAAGAAGAGACUCGUCAGAAACUGUCUCAGGGCACUCGUAUGCGUCAGCUCGAAGAAGAACAGAACAACCUGAAGGAACAACUGGAGGAAGAAGAGGCGGCCAAGAGGAGCGUGGAGAAGCAGCUUCAAGUAGCUCAAGCUCAGCUUGCUGAGAUGAAGAAGAAGCUGGAGCAGGACGCUGGCUGUCUUGAGACCGCUGAGGAAGGAAAGAAGAGACUUCUGAGGGACUUUGAGGCAACAACCCAGCGCCUGGAGGAGAAAUGUGCUGCUUUUGACAAGCUGGACAAAACCAAGAACCGUCUCCAGCAAGAGCUGGACGACCUGCUGGUGGACCAAGACCACCUCCGGCAGAUCGUCUCCAACCUGGAGAAGAAGCAGAAGAAGUUCGACCAGAUGCUGGCAGAGGAGAAGAACAUCUCCGCUCGUUACGCCGAGGAGCGUGACCGAGCUGAAGCUGAAGCUCGCGAGAAGGAGACUCGAGCACUGGCUUUAACCCGUGAGCUGGACUCGUUGAUGGAGGUCAAGGAGGAACUGGAUCGCAGCAGCAAACUGCUGCGGGCUGAAAUGGAGGACCUGGUAUCAUCAAAGGACGACGUUGGAAAGAACGUGCACGAACUGGAGAAGGCUAAACGCUCGAUGGAGCAGCAGCUGGAGGAGAUGAAGACUCAGCUGGAGGAGCUGGAGGACGAGCUGCAGGCCACAGAGGACGCCAAGCUGCGUCUGGAGGUCAACAUGCAGGCCAUGAAGGCCCAGUACGAGAGGGACCUGGCAGGACGAGACGAGAUGGGUGAAGAGAAGAAGAGGGCUCUGGUUAAACAGGUGCGGGAGAUGGAGAUGGAGCUGGAAGAUGAGAGGAAGCAGCGCUCUGCAGCUGUAGCCGCCCGUAAGAAGCUGGAGCUGGACCUGAAGGAGCUGGAGGUGGGCAUCGACAUGUCCAACAAGAACCGUGACGAGGCUCUGAAACAGCUGAAGAAACUCCAGGCCCAGAUGAAGGAUCUUGUCAGAGAGCUGGAGGACACUCGCAUGUCCAGAGAGGAGAUCUUGACCCAGAGCAAGGAGUCUGAGAAGAAGAUGAAGGCCAUGGAGGCUGACAUGCUCCAGAUGCAGGAGGAGCUGGCAGCUGCAGAGAGAGUAAAGAGACAAGCUCAGCAGGAGAGAGAUGAGCUGCAAGAUGAAAUAAACAACCAGUCUGGCAAGAAUUCUCAGGUCACAGAGGAGAGGAGGCGACUGGAGGCUCGUAUUGCUCAGCUGGAGGAGGAGCUGGAGGAGGAGCAGUGCAACACCGAACUGAUCAAUGACCGGCUGAAGAAGGCCAUGCUGCAGACUGACCAGAUGAACGUGGAGCUGACUGCAGAACGCAGCACCGCUCAGCGCCUCGAGGGAGCUCGCUCCCAGCUGGAACGUCAGAACAAAGACCUGAAACUGAAACUGCAGGAGCUCGAGGGAACCGUCAAGUCCAAAUACAAGGCCAACAUGGCCGCCCUGGAGGCUAAGAUCGCUCAGCUGGAGGAACAGCUGGACUUAGAAACCAGGGAGAGGCAGGCUGCCACCAAGCUGGUGAGACGCUCUGAGAAGAAGCUGAAGGAAGUCAUCCUGCAGGUGGAUGACGAGAGGCGCAACUCGGAGCAGUUCAAGGACCAGGCCGACAAGCUGAACUCUCGCAUGAAGCAGCUGAAGCGUCAGCUGGAGGAAGCCGAAGAGGAGGCCCAGCGAGCCAACGCCAACAGAAGGAAACUUCAGAGGGAGCUGGAGGACGCCACAGAGUCUGCAGAUGCCAUGAACCGUGAAGUUGUGUCCCUCAAGAGCAAGCUCAGGUAG